CAGUCCGCGCUGAACCGCCGUGCCGUUCUAGACGUUAUAUUCUAUAUACCUGGUGAGUUUUAUGAUGUGUCGGACGGUAUGAUAUAGGUGCGGAGCCGUUACCAGUGUUCAUGGAUGUGUGGCCGUCGAGGAUGGUGGCGGAGGAGGGUCGCACGAGGGCCACUGACUUCUCCAUAGCGGCCAUCAUGGCCAGGAGUUCGGAUCAGCCGCGCAGCCCAGGAGCCAGUUCGCCUUAUCUCGGUCCGUCUUCAAGACAGAGUUCCCCAGCAUCUCUGAGCUCCCCCGCAUCAAGUUGUCGUUCGCCAGCUCCUGAAGAAGAUGUCGAGGUGGAUGUAGAGCAGUGCUCUGAUGGAGAAAGGGAUGCCUCGGACACUGCUGCCCCAUCACCCGCCCCUUCAUCAGAGUUAGGUGAAAGGGACACCCCUUCCCCGGCGCGGCCUCUGCCAACGCCGGUGACAUCUUGUAAUUGUGAGGAACUGCUCUCUGUCGACUGUCAGUUGGAGACUAAGGAACUGUGGGACAAGUUCCACGACCUGGGCACGGAGAUGAUCAUCACCAAAACUGGGAGACGAAUGUUCCCGACGGUGCGAGUGUCUUUCGCGGGAUGCCGAGCCGAGGCUCGUUACGCCGUAUUGCUGGACGUGGUGCCGGUGGACGGCAAGCGUUACCGAUACGCUUACCACCGCUCUUCCUGGCUGGUGGCCGGCAAGGCAGACCCUCCCGCGCCAGCGAGGCUCUACCCUCACCCCGACUCACCCUUCUCCGGGGAUCAACUUCGCAAGCAGGUCGUCUCCUUUGAGAAAGUCAAACUCACAAACAACGAGAUGGACAAAAAUGGACAGAUCGUACUCAACUCAAUGCAUAGAUACCAGCCCCGGAUCCACCUAGUGAAGGUGCGGGAUGGAGGCGGUCCUAUCACGGAUCUAUCCCGGGAGCAGCACAGGACUUUCAUCUUCCCGGAGACGGUAUUCACAGCCGUCACCGCCUAUCAGAAUCAGCUGAUCACCAAGCUAAAGAUCGAUUCGAACCCAUUCGCCAAGGGAUUCCGGGAUUCGUCUAGACUCACCGAUUUUGAUAGGGAUCCUAUGGAGCUGAUGUUGAUGGAGCAGCAACUGCUUCGUUCUCCGCUUCGAUUGUACUCCGGCAGCAGUAGCGAAGAAGAAGCUGAGAAAAGGGCAGCCUGGGCAAGAACACCUCCUGCACUUCAGCUGCUAGCACUAGGCGGUAGAGCCUGGCCGUCAGCUUGGCCUCAACCCCUCGCAAUUCCUCCAGAUCUCUGGCUUCAGAAACCCCCACCACCUAUGAGAUAUUGUCCAUACCCGCCGCCGGCACACCCCUCAGCGAAUCCUCCCCGGCCUGAGCACGCGCCCUCGCCCAGACAUCCAAUGUAAACUAAAUCCUUGUUCUAUAUCUAAAAGUGCUGUGAAAGUGAACCGAUGAAAGACAUUCAGGUGAUGUAAGACUAUGUACCUAAUAAAUUAAUAUAAUUCCUUAGCUUUUAAUAGAUGUAUUUUAGUAAUUUGAAGGUUCCUACCCCAAGUGUAUAACUUUAAAUGUAUAGUUAGAUCAAUUAGAAGACAGUUACCUGCUUAUUUUUUUUUUAUUCUGUGGCAUUUCAGUGACAUCUAAUACUAUUUAUACGAAAUCUGUACAGAUAAAAAAAUGUGUUAAAUUAUUUAUUAUAUAACCAAAGAUUCUAACAGCUAUCAGAAUAAUGAAAUUACAUAGAUGUGAAAUUUAGCCUUACUUAAUUAUUAAUAGACAUGUUAAAAAGACAUUCCACUGUAUUGUAUGCUUUAAGAUAUUCCGUUUGAUUUAAACUAUCGAUUUGAUGUAGUUUAAAAAAAAAUUAACCCGUCUAAACAUGUGUCCGGGAACAGUAUAGAGGAUUAAAAUUUUAUUAAUAAAAUGUUUUUCUAUUUAAUUUAUUACAAUUUUAUUAUAAACGUAAUAUGUACUUUCUGUUUUGGUUGUCUUAUUAAAUGUUUUAUAUACGUAGCUGCUAUUGGAACAUUGUUUCGGUUUUUAAAACUAAAAUUGUAUCUAUUGUAUUUAUUGUAAAGCGUUUAAUUAAAUUAUUUUUGUAGAAUAAUCACUGUAUAUAAGGGGUCACGUAGUUCAUAGUUUUAAGAGAUCUUUGAAUUUAAUACGUAGCUGACAAAACGCGAACACCACGACAUAAAACGAUGAGAUACCCUCCUUUUAUUACCUGCAACAUUAACUUUCAUUCAUUACCUACAACAUAUUUAUUUAUACGUAUAGAUUAAAUGUAUUACUGAAUAAUAAUAUUUUUCUGUAUGAUCCUUUGUAUUUUGAUAUCAAAUUAUUAACUGUUCGCGUUCGUAGUGACACAUAUCAGGGUUGAUCCCUACGUGUUAAUAAAAUAAACAAUCGUAA